UUAAGGGCCAUGUGAAACUGCUAAACACUAAUGAAGUGACAAGUUCUCAAAAUUUCAGUCUAGUCUUUGAUUCGACUAAAGGAGAAGUCUCAGCGGCUGGAUCGGCGCGAGGUUCUGCUGCCACUGACGGUGCGAUGGCUGCAGAGUGCUGCCUCUGCGGACUGGCCUUCCCACUGGACCGCACGGCGGGAGUGCUGGCUUGCGGCCACACUGCUUGCUUGCCUUGCAAGGAGGACUUUUCUCGACGCUCCGAGACGCGCUGCCCACAGUGCUGCAAGAAAAUUCGACUGGAUUCUGGAGACAAUGACGCAGGUGCCAUCCAGGAACACGCCAUUACCCCUUGGUGCCUGGAGUGUGACUCUCCGCCCACCCCUAGCUGCCUCCGCGACCACACCUUUUGCAACGUAGGCCGGUUGGUGCUUGAAGCCGUGACGCACGCUGACGCUCUGCACGACGCGGUGGCCGUGGAACUGCAGCGCGCCGCGCAUGGAGUGGAGACCUUAAGGACCUGGACCAACGCUGCGGCAGGCCGCGAGGACUUGCUGGCGGUGCGUGCGCGGUCGGCCUGCGUGAACCGCAUCCGUGAUGUCCUGCAGAAAGCUGUCGAGCAGAUCUUCGAGGAGGUCCAUCGGUGUCAACCCGAAAGCAAGGACGGCCCUCGGGAAGAAACGGUGAAAAUGGAACGCAGAGAGCCUCAAGAUGCCCGAGGUGAAAUGACUCGCGACGAUCUCGAAGCGGAUGCCCAGAACGACGCGCUGGGACCAGGUGUUGUUUUCGCCGGCGUUCUCAAGCAGGAGCUUGACCAGCAGGACGAGCCCGACGACGAUACUUCGCACCUCGGUGAUCACACCUACAGUGCAGGAGUACAUGUCAUGUCGACUCAUAGCGUUGACAUGAACAUGGACGUCAGUCUCCAUGGGAUUUGUCAGCGAGGGACUUACAUCGACAACGCCGCAGUCUCAGAGAUCACGCUGCCGUACGCUGCUGUAGAUUUGGAAAAUGUAGAGGUCAAUGUAAUGUCGCAGCAUGAUUCAGAGAUGGAGACGGAUAUCGACACCGACGGGAUUCAUGAAAUGUCCCUCCAUGAGGCUGACAUGGACAAGGCCAGUAAUGAAACGACCCUCCAUGAGGCUGACUUGGUCAAGGCCAGUAAUGAAACGACCCUCCAUGAGGCUGACAUGGACAAGGCCAGUAAUAAAAUGACCCUCCAUGAGGCUGACAUGGACAAGGCCAGUCAUGAAAUGUCCCUCCAUGGGGCUGACAUAGACAACGCCAGCCGUCUGAAGAUCUCGGACGAAAGCGAUGACACCCAUUUGAUACGCUUGGGUGUGAACAGCUCGGACGACGUCAGCGUCAAUGAGAUCCCACAUGAAAAUGCUGGCAUUAGCAUGACCACCGCGUGGCCGGACAAAGAGGCUCUUCAUGGAGAUGACGUCAGAGACCGUGAGAUUUGGCAUCGAGGUCAUGCCGACAUGGACACUGGGAAUGCGGAGACCAAUGAAGUCCCUGCUCAUGGCCGUCACGUGAACAGAGGCAACACCGAGGACCAUGGAAUCUCCACUCCCGGUUCCCGUGAAGACAAGUCCAGGCACCCUGAUCAGCUCUGUUCAGACCAGCCGCAGAGAGAGAGUUUUAGUGACGGCAGCGUCGAAAUUCUGGGCACAGACCUGCGGGCCGAAACAGAAGAUCCAACGCAAUCCGGGAUUGAGCACACCCAGGACGGCCGUUGCUGGCUCGAGUCUCUACCGGAAAGCGUGCUGGGCGCGGUGCUGGCCUACGUGCCGACCACGCAGCUGCUGUCGCUGCGUCUGCUGGGCCGCCGCUGGAGCAACCGGGUGAUGGCCAAGGCCGUGUGGCGCCACCGCCGCCUCUCCAUCCCGACGUGUGUGCAGGACACGGUUCCCCUGGCGGCCAUCCUGCGGCUGGCGCCCGCCCUCGACAGGCUGGUGCUCAAGAUGGCCUACCCGCCCCUCAGGGGACUCGUCGGCCUCGAGGCGCUCGCAGAAGGGCGCUGCGAGAUUCGUUCCCUGCACCUGACGUUUGUGGCCAGCAGUGUGUCCAACAAGAUGAUACAGCGCGCACUGGGCAGGCGUUGUUUCAGUCUUCAAGCACUCUCCAUCACCAUCACUCGCUGUUGCAGCACUAGUGACCUCGCACCUGUGUUGAGAGGCAUAGACCAGCUCCGGGGGCUUAGAACCCUAAAGGUGAACUUCGACUCGCCCACUCGGGGGUUUUCGUUCGAGUUGCUUCGCCUGGAGAACUUCAUUUUGGUCCAUCCUUAUCGCUUCAGCACUGACACCGCCAGGAGCAUCAUCAUGUCCUCCAAGGACACCCUCCGCGAGGUCAAACUGGAACGCUGCGAACCCUUCUCGCGGGUGCUGCAGCACUGCACCAGGCUGGACACACUCUCCGUGGCCUCCUGCACCGGCCUGGCCGAGGUGCUCCCGCGGCUCCCUGCGAUCCAGUGGGUCAGGAUCGCCGACCUCUUCCGCAAGUCAGCGGUGGCGUGGCUGAGGUGGACGCAGUCCGAAGGGCCGACGUCGGUCAAGACGCACGUCAAUGUGCCCCUGCUCUCCGAGGACCACUUCGCGGGCCUGCUCGACCUGGGAGGCGUGCUGGGCGGUGUCCACAGUAUGGCGGUGCGUCCGUCCGCGCCCCUCUGCGUGCGGCCGGCGCUCGUGGAGAGGCUCCUGGCGGCGCUGCCCGCCGUGGAGAGCCUCGUGCUGGACGUGGCCACGGACUACGAGGCGGUGCUGCGAGGCUGGUCUGCCGCCACGGUGCCCGCGCUGGAAGAGCUCUCGAUCCGCGUGGAAGAACCGUCCGCAAGGUCCUUCGUGGUGCGGGAACUCAACAUCAUGCGGCCGUCCCUCGAGCUGUGCUUCAUUUAGGGACGGCGACCUCUACUCGCUUCAAUGAAGUGACCUCACUCCAAAUCCCAAGGCGGUACUCCAGUUUCUGUUUUGGCGAUACAAUUCGACAACAAGGGUCAUACAGGAAGUCUUACCUCCAAAGAGGCGAUUUACAAAAUUGUCGCCGAAAUAUUCAGAGUUUUACUGAUGAGUUUUGCCAUAUAUGGCAAUAUAUAAUUAUAAUUUGGCAUUCACUCUGUUUUGCCUCUUUGAAGAGAAGAUUUUGUGUAUGGCCUUCUGUUGGCGAAACACGAUUGUGUCGCCAUAAACGGUACCAAAAGUAUCGUCUUUAGAUUUUGAGGUCUGUUCUGCGGCGAAGGAAUUGCCUUAAGAUUUGGAGUAAUGUUCUGCGGCGUUCGGCAGUCCUUUCAUUCUUUCGCCAACAGUCCUUUGAUCACCGGUGGCUGACUUGCAGUUGUAGACCCCUUAACAAUCUUAUUUGUUUCUAUGCUUUUGUAAAUAUCUUCACCAGCGUUAUUCUUAGUGUUGCGUUGAGAGAAAA